CAAAAAAGUAAUUCAUAAUUGACGAACGGGGGACAGUGUAGGAGUAUUGUCAGUUGCACCAUACGCAUUCUGUAGACAGCAGGGUCUUUUAGCAUCAUGGCCGGAUCGAGAGAAAUCAACUUAGAUUUUCUACAAUUGAUUGUAGAUCAAACCGACCCCGGAGUGAAAAUCACCAAGUAUGAAACGAGUUUCGGAUCGAAGAGAGGCGAUAAUUAUACGUCGAUGGUGUACAGGGUGUUGCUGUACGGCGAUGCCGGAUGGACUAAGUCUAUGAUCUACAAGGUGCUGCCGAAAAACGUGCAGGCCAGAGAGAAUUUCAAGUCGGAAAUGUUGUUCGAUAACGAAGUCCGGUUUUAUAAGAAAGCUCAUACUGCGCUGAUGGAGUAUCAGGAUUCCAAAAACAUUAGAGAUCCGUUUGUCGGUGUGCCGAAGUGCUAUUUUGCCGAAAGCGACAUCAUCGUGUUGGAAGAUAUGCGGUGCAAAGGUUUCGUCAUGAUGGACCGAUUGAAAGGUCUGGACCUGGACCAUUGCCGGGCCGUUCUAAAAGUACUGGGAAAAUUCCACGGGCUGUCGUUGUCGAUGAAGGCCAACGAACCGGAAAAAUUUCAAGCUUGCGUUUCGGGCGUGAUCAAUGAAGUCUAUUACAAAAAGGACAACGAGCUGUGGUACGGAGGGUACUACAAGCACGCCGUGGAGAGUGCCAAGAAAAUUCUAGAAGCCGAGCUGACCGAAGAAGACAAACCGAAAUACUUGGAUGUGUUUAAACAGUUUGUAAGCCACGAUUCUUUUUUCGGAUACAUGACAGAUCUGGUAUUGCCCAAAAGUCCGUUGGAUGUGCUCUGCCACGGCGACUGUUGGACGAAUAACUUUUUGGUUCGUUAUACCGCCGAUGGCGAUAUAUCCGAAGUAUCCAUAGUGGACUUCCAAAUAGCCAGAUACGGUUCGCCGGCAUUAGAUUUGACCAGUCUGUUGUAUUGCUGUACGACUGUGGACUUGAGGAGUAAACAUUUACCCGAGUUACUACAAUCGUACUAUGAUUCGGUGAUAAGUAUACUAGAACAAACUGAUUGCAUGGAUCGUUACCCUGAUAUAUGUCAAAAGCUUAACCGUGAAUUCCUGGAGUACGGUGGUUUCGGCCUUGGCGUAGCGAUGGACUUGAUACCUAUAAUCACAUGCGAAUCGGACCAGGCCCCCGACAUGUACAAGGAAGACACGACCAGUGCAAGACCCAACGUGGAAGCUAGUUAUGUUAAUACCUCGAAUGACGUUUACCGACGGAUGAUUGUUGAAUUGGUCAAAGAAUUAGUAGACAACGGUUGUUUAAAAUAAAACCGUUUAACUUAUGUACGAUUAUUUAAACUUUUAUAAUUUAUUUAUUUAAAUACAAAUACCUACCACUUUUAGUAGGUAUUUAUAUAUAUAUAUAUAUAUAUAUAUAUUACUAUAACUUUUAUGUCGUCCAUAUUAGCACAGCUAUGCCUAAGUCUUUUUACAGAUAGAAUAUAAUUAAACGUCUAAUCAUAAGUACAUGUUUACGUACAUUGUUAUUGGUAAAUUAUAUAGACCAUCUAAUUUUUACUGUAGGUAGUGGUCGUAGCAUAUAUUAAAAUAUCGUUGGCGCUUGAAAAAAAUAAUUUACUACGCACACUUUGAGCUUUUUUCAUACAGCGUUUCAAUAUUAUUUAUAAUAAGGCAAUUUGAAACGAGAUUGAAACAAAAAUUUAGAAAUUAAAAUUAAUAAAAAACGAAACUAUUAGUUAUUACGCAUAAAUAUUAUUAUACCUGUUUAUUUUCAAACAUUAACUACUUAACAGAUAAAAUAAGAUGUGUUAAAGAAUUACUAGAUUUUUGACCUAACAUUAUGGAUACGGUGCA